AAUUCAAUCAAUAAAUAGUGUCUCAAAUAAACAAAUUACAAAAUGUUAGUCACUAUUGUAUUAGCCCUGAUGGGUGUGUGUGGGCCCGCAUCGUGUGAUUGGGUGGAGGUCUGGAGGGAUGACUUUAACGGCAGUUCCUUAAACUUAAAUAACUGGAAGUUUGAGACGGGAGGCGGCGGCUGGGGCAACAACGAGCUCGAGUAUUACACCAACGACCAGAACGUGGACGUAAGCAACGGCGCGCUGACCAUAACGGUGAAAGUGGAAAAUAACGGUGGUCAGAGUUAUACAUCUAGUAGGCUUAAUUCAAUACCAGCUUGGACGUAUGGCUAUUUCCAGGCUCGGGCCAAAUUGCCCAAAGGCCAGGACCUGUGGCCCGCCAUUUGGCUCUACCCCCAGAGCGACACAUACGGCGGAUGGGCGGCCAGCGGUGAGAUCGACAUCAUGGAGUACAGGGGCCAAGUGGUGAACACGACUGAAGGCACCCUAUGGUACGGCGCUCAGUCGCCUAACCAGGUGUCGAUGGGCAGCGGCGACACAGCCUUUUUCUAUGACUUUAGCGCCGACUAUCACGUGUUUGGUAUGCAGUGGACCAAUACGUCCAUCAGUUGGCUGGUGGACGGCCAACAGUACUACACGAUCAACAUUAACCAAAACCUGUCUAACGGCGCCCCCUAUACGGCCAAUGGCCAGCCCUUCGAUAAGCCCUUCUAUUGGGUGCUCAAUGUGGCCGUUGGCGGCGACUAUUUCCCGGCCAAUGUGUACGGCCCGCCGGUCACCACAACACAGGCCAGUCAAUGGCCGCAACCAUACCUGCAAAUUGAUUACGUGAGUGUCUCUCAGUGGCAAAACAAUGGCCCACAAAGAAAUUUGCAGAGAUUUAGACCGAGAAAUUUCCAGUGAAGUGUACGGGUCUACACAAAAUAUA